UACGUUUCCUGAAAUUACAGAGCUGGACAGGAAAAAACAGCCCGGAUGCCCUGAAGCCAUGGGUGAUUUAUGGCUAAAUGUCUGGGUGGCUAAUGACUGCUGCUCACGGCCACUCAGACAACGCCACCUGCCUUUGGGCUCCCUUUUCUGUGUCCUUCUCCCCUGGACAGUGCCUGGCAGAGGUGCCCCUCCUCCCGUGCUCUCCCCUCUCCCCGGUGGCACCUGCCUUCAAAACAGUCCCUGCUGCCAGCGUGGAUGAGGUGUAAGCCCUUGUUAGAGGGACUUUUGCAUUUAGGCAAACCUCUAACUAUUGGGACACAGCCCACAUGGGAAGGAACAACAUCUACUGCUCCCCUGGCAACAUUGUCUUUCUUUCCUGCCCAGAUGAAGUCAUUCAAGCACUCUUUUUUCACUUUUAAAGAGAAGAUUGGCCCAUAUGGUAGCAAAUAACUACUGAUUGACUUUCACAUACGAACCAUUUAUUUUGUACGUUGACAGAAGAGAGACUUCCACAGGCAGGCACUUGGUGGGGUUCUUUUGCAGCUGAGAAGCUCAGCAGAGAUAAAAAAGAAGAAGACCGUGGGGAGCUUCCGUUUUCUUUUGUUUUUCUCUUCGAGCUGAGCUGGAGAGUAAUAGGUUUGAGCGGGGAGCCAUCUGUUUCUCUUGACAGCAAAUCAGGAACACCAAUGGACCAAAAUGAAAGCCGCUGUUCUGGACCACAUACAAACAGCCAACGUGCCAGUGGGUCAGAGCUGAGAAUCAUUCUGGUGGGCAAAACAGGAGCCGGCAAAAGCGCCACAGGGAACAGCCUCCUCGGGAAGCAAGCGUUUGAGUCGAGGCUGAGCGCCCAGCCCCUGACCGAGACUUGCAGUGAAGGGCGGGGAAGCCGGGCAGAGAGAGAGAUGGUCAUUAUUGACACACCAGGUAUAUUUUCUGAGAAGGACCACUCGGAAGCUCUGUACAAAGAGGUGCAGAGGUGCUACUCACUCUCGGCCCCAGGACCCCACGUGCUGCUGCUCGUGACCCAGCUGGGCCGAUACACCGCCCAGGACCAGCAGGCUGUGCGGAGGGUGCAGGAGAUCUUCGGAGGGGAUGCCAUGAGACACACGAUUGUCCUCUUUACCCACAAGGAAGACCUCAGUGGUGGCUCCUUGAUGGAUUACAUCCGUGACUCCGACAACAAAGCCCUCCGCACGCUGGUGGCAGCAUGUGGGGGGCGGGUCUGUGCCUUUAAUAACCGAGCUACGGGGAGCGAUCGGGAUGACCAAGUGGAGGAGCUGAUGGGCCUAACUGAGGGCUUGAUGAUGGAGAGGAGGGGUGGCCACUAUACCAAUAGGUUGUACAGCCUCGUACAAGGGUCAAAAUCUGGAUCUGUCGGGUCAGAGGGAAAAUUAAAGGAUUUCAGAGAGAAUCUCAUAGAGUACAUGGAAAUUGAGAGACGUCGCACAACCAUGCCCGAAGCAAAUUGCCUACAAAGAGCCCUAACCAAAACACAACCGUGUAUUUUAUUUUGUAUUCGAUUGUAUGUCAAAUUGCUAAUUCUGUUAUUUUGUAUAUUGUACAGCAUGUGCAAUAUGUUUUACUCCUUGCUGUUCAGCAUGUACAAUUUAUUUUGUAGUUUACUGUGUAUUAUACUCAAAAAGUUAAUAAUGAUUGUGAGAAGGACCAGUGUGCCAGAAUGCAGGUCUUCUAGAUUAUAGUUAUAGAUGAGUAAUUAUUUACUUAUUGUCAUUUAGGGAUGAAUAACAGUGCCUUCCCUGUAAAAUGUGGUGCCUGAUGUCAUAUUUGAGAUUUUGUGAAAUAUUUAAAUCUUAACAUAUUACACCAUUUAUUCAUGAACCAAAUUAUUUUAAAAGUUACCGUUCACUUUGAAAUAUAAUACUAAAAUCUUUUGAUAACUGUCAACAUAAAAUUUCUCUCCUAUGCAAAUCUCCAAAGUCAGCUUUAUGUUCCUGAAAAUGCAUUUUCUUCUUUAUAAUAUUGAUUUACUAUUGAAUGUGAUAAAAAAAUAGCAAUAAAGUAAUAAGUAAACUCUCAA